AUGGAAGCUUACAAAUCGGGACGUUCAAUUAAUCUCUGCAAGCACUGUGUGGUUCGCCCAUCUCCCCGACUCCGUCACUACUUGGGCGUGACCAUCCCUGUGCUGCCACCCUUCUGGGUCGCAGAUAUGGAAUCUUCAAGGCAGCAGCAAGGCCGGGCUUUUUCCCCGGCUUUCCGCCAUGUGGCCGCCAAUUCCUUUUUGGCGUCACGCCUCGCCCCUUCUCAGUGCGGGGGUUACGCCAGGGAUCGCUCCUUCGCGACUGGAGCCGGCGUUCCGGCUACGUCUCGUUAUUCUAACCCGGCUUUCAGCAUGAGCCUCGCCGGAGCUGGAUCUACUCCCGUGUUUGUCCCCGCGGCCGCGGAGGGUAAGGGCAAGGGCGUGAGCGGUUUCAUGAUCGAUUUCCUAAUGGGUGGUGUUUCAGCAGCUGUGUCCAAGACCGCUGCCGCUCCUAUUGAGCGUGUCAAACUUCUGAUCCAGAAUCAAGAUGAGAUGAUUAAGGCUGGUCGUCUCUCCGAGCCCUACAAGGGCAUUGGCGAAUGCUUCAGCCGGACGAUGAAGGAUGAGGGCGUCGUUGCUUUGUGGCGUGGUAACACCGCGAACGUGCUCCGAUACUUCCCCACCCAGGCCCUGAACUUCGCCUUCAAGGAUUAUUUCAAGAGCUUGUUUGGUUACAAGAAGGACAAGGACGGGUACUGGAAGUGGUUCGCCGGUAACCUGGCCUCUGGAGGUGCGGCUGGUGCUGCGUCUCUCACCUUCGUCUAUUCUCUAGACUACGCCCGAACCCGGCUGGCAAACGAUGCCAAGUCCGCCAAGAAGGGUGGCGGUGACAGGCAGUUCAAUGGCCUGAUCGACGUGUACCGCAAGACCAUCAAGUCCGACGGUGUCGCCGGUCUGUACCGCGGUUUCUCCAUCUCGUGCGUCGGCAUCAUUGUGUACCGCGGUCUGUACUUCGGCAUGUACGACUCGUUGAAGCCCGUCCUGCUUGUCGGCCCGCUUGAGGGCAAUUUCCUUGCCUCCUUCCUGCUUGGAUGGGGUAUCACCAUUGGUGCUGGACUCGCCUCGUACCCUAUUGACACUGUCCGACGUCGGAUGAUGAUGACGUCUGGCGAGGCUGUUAAGUACAAGAGCUCCAUGGACGCGUUCAUGCAGAUUAUCAAGAAGGAGGGCACCAAGUCCCUCUUUAAGGGUGCUGGUGCUAACAUCCUGCGUGCUGUUGCUGGUGCUGGUGUGCUGUCUGGCUAUGAUCAGCUUCAGCUCAUUCUCUUCGGCAAGGCCUACAGCGGUGGCGGCGGCUAA